AGCUGCUAGUCUUAAAAUUACAAACUUUUUUUCUCACACGAGUGUUUCUGCCCUGUACCUAUUCAUAUUGGUCAACGAUACCAGCCGCUAUCAGUUUCACGCCCGCAAGCAUGCCGGUUCUCGAGAUCACUCAGCUAUGUCUGAAAGGUAUUACCGCGGAUGAUCCAGCGUUGCUCCAAACUUUAUCGGCUGUCCGAGACAAACUACAGACCAACUCGCAAUUCUACGUCUCCGUUGAGGAGCCCGAUUUGAUCUUCAUUCUGGGUAUAUGGCCAGAUCUGGACGCUCAUCUAAAGUUUCUGGCUUCUCCGGCACGGGAAGAGGUUCUCGGACCCCAGGAGGACAUGCUCGAAUUUCGUUGGACAAUACACGUGGAGUUUGGUGGCAUGCAUUUGAUUCCAGCGGAUGCGCCUAUCCUGGCAAUGGAGAGAAUGUAUGUCAAAGGAGAGCAGGUUGAAUCGGUCGACCGCGCUGUUAUCAAGCAUAUGCAACAGCUCAAAACUACUCAUCCGUUCAAUGUAGCACAUGGCUGGAGAUGCGACAUGGCUCCGGGAGACCAUGAGGUUCUCCUCAUCAGCGGAUGGGAAACUACACAGGCUCAUGUAACUUUGGUCAAAAAGGAAAGCAAUGACAAAGAUAGUGUUGCAGUUGAGGAUGAAGGGUUGAAGAUGCUAGGCGUUUUACAUGGCAAGAACCUAGAACGCAAAGCAGCAUCCUGAGAUUUGGAAUAUAAACUUCCAUCUUCGGAGUUUGGCAUUAUCGACUGUAAUGUUAGAAGAUGGAUCAUCUAGGCUCUAAAUCGUCUGCAAAAAAGAAGUUCAGCUUCUAUCUCCGUAAGAAGCGAGAGUAUAUUCUGUUCC